AUGAAAGGCGCAAGGUCGAUGGGAGAUCUCGCCCCCGGUACGAAAUCAUAUGGCUCUUCCGCGCCUCGAUCUGCUGGACAGCCCAUCAAGCCCGGAUUGCCAUACCCACCUCCGGAUAUGCAGACGACUCUUGCGCGGCCAGUGGCAGGUACUGGAGCACAUGUUCCUGAUCGGCAGGAUGACCGCACGUAUAUCAGGAACGGUAGCCUUCAGGAUCGCGAAGCUGCCUCGUGCGCGCCGCAGAGAGGCUCAGCGGAGCAAAGAGAGCUGGCCAGCCCGGAAGCGAGCACAAGUGCGGUGCCUCUGGGCGCUUCCGAUGAGAGCACCGAUCUUCAUGUCCUCAGCAAGGAUCAUCCGACCCAAUUCGGCCAGCACCUGCUCCGGAGCGAGAGAGCGCGAAAGAAAGCGAGGUUAAGGGAGCAGCCUGGCGUGAGCGUCGAAGCUCUGCAGCAAGAGCUACUUGAAGAGACAGAUGGUCUCGUUCCGCUGGGUGCCAUCGUCGCUCGACUGGCGAAUUAUGGGUUCGAAAGCUUUGGCAACUUGGCGGAGACGUGAGUUCGCAGUUGUUGGAGAGUCUCAGCAGACCGGCGCGAGAGAUGCACAUAGAGAUGCACGAAGUCGAGUCGCAAAAGCGUGGAGAUGCUUUCAUGGUUCCGCCAGGCUAUUCUCGAGUCUGGCGUCAGCUAGGGUGUUAGAUAGGCUCACUUGAGCAAUGCUGCUCUGUGAACCUGACUCCAACACCGGCCGGAGCAAAAGAAGUAGUCGCAAGCUUGUGAAAAGCGCAGACGGGACUUGGCAUGAGAGCGAUGUUCGGCGCUGACGCGGCUAAUUCCACCGAUGCUUUGCAGUCUCCCAUCACUGUCCUCGUCGGAACGCAAAAGCAAGAUUUUCGACACCGCUUUGGAUGUCAGAAGGCAGCUUGUCAAGCUACUCGUCCUUGUUCGGUGGAGUCGAGCUGCGCCGGAUUUAAUGAUGGCCAGAGUGAGUUCGCAACCUGACCUGCUGAGCAAGAACAUGUCUCAUGCUCGGGCGUCUCCUUCCUCAUACCCAGAAUCUCGUGGGGCUUUUGCGAGCCCAUACGAUACAAGCAAAUGAUGCUACUGAUGCUCUUCGAAAGAUGCAGAGCGAAUUACCCGGAGCUCGGUAAGUUGAUGGAGGAUGCACACUUGAUGGCAGAUGUCCGCAGCUGCUCAACCUGCUUCAUGAUUCGCCUCGUGUAGCCUUCGCAAAGCGGAUCUUGUCUCCGCCACAGAUAUUCUUGGGACCGGCAAAUAUCAAAGGCUGCCUUCACACAUCAAAGACUACAUCGUCCCGCCUCGCGAGCUUACAGAUCGCCAAGCUUUGGACGUCAUCUCGGACAUGGACGCUGCGCUGAGAACAAGGCUGACAUUAUCCGAAGUUGUGCCUUCGCCGCUCACUUGCUACUCCAUCGGUGGGUGGUAUCGUCUUUCCUGCGCAUUCAUCCUAAAGCUGACGGGUAGUCCCACCAUGACUCUCUGCCCGCAGAGGAUGGUCGAGUGACUUUCGAGGUGGCCAAACUCUUUGCUGCUUCCAUGACGCUGUCUGGAAAUUCACCAGAGGAUCGCUGGUUCCUCCUCUCCGCCAAAUUCGAUUUUCGCAUCACUGGUGUGGGCGCAGACUGUGAGUGCUGCACUCAGGACUAACCUCGAAACGCUCAUGCCAGAUGCUGACGAGCUUUGCUGCUCUGUGACACACCAGUAUUCCCAAGACGGCCGAGAAAGCGGGCUCGUACAAUUCUGAUCUCGCAAGCAGACUUUGAGCUCGCCCCCCGCUCUGUCGCUCUCGCUUCGGAAGAGGAUGGAGCCGCCGUCGCCGCGGCCGCCGUCGCAGGAGGUAGAGAUGCUGAACAAUUCGAGGCGACCCAUCCAGCGCCAGGCGAGCAGCGAGACGAGUGCCAGAGACGGGAUGCCCCGCUUGUCAGGGCGUACAACUUCCUUCGUGAGUUGUCUAUACAGCCCGAGGCUUGCGUCACCUGACUGAAUCUGAUGCUUUCGGUGAGCAGAGAGCCAAGCGCUAGAGUAUCAGCUUGACAUUCUGCAUUAUCAAGCGGUUGAACUAGCUCGAGUGGGCUGGGCUCCAACGGUCUCUGCAGGCUUCGAGCCCAUUCUCAAAGCUGGCGACCCGAGAACCUUAACGGUCUCUUACUGGCGCAAGAACCGAUCGGAACGUGCAGGCACGGCGAGCAGGGGCUCCGCUAAAGCUGCGAAGCCUGUGCUUGAUCCGCUUGCUGGGGCCAGUAUCAAGAUUAGGGCUGUGGACCGCUCGCGCAGACCUGCAAAGCUUGUGGCGCUUGACAGGGCCCUUUGCAAGGAUCUUUCAGCGAUUGAAGCGGUACCAGGACAAAAACUGAAACAGCAAGACCUGGUGGUUGAGUGGGCGCUUGAUCCUGCACUCCGAGAACACAUGGAAGACACGCAGCUUGUCGUAGUGAGUAUCGAGACGCUGGUGCGUUUCGACACACAUGCUGAUGAACAUCUCUAUCAUGGUCAGAACGCCCUCGACCUCGACAUCGAGAAGCUCCUUCGCCACGCGGUCUCUUUGCAUGCGGCGGCGGCUGUUGCAGAGCUGCGUGCAAGGCUAUCAGCAAGCUCGCUGCGCGCCGCUGUCGAAUCACCCGCAUGUUCGUCCACAGUCACUGACGAAGGGGGCCGCUCGUGUCACCUGCUUCGUCUGCCACUGCAUCCAAGGCUGCUGGUUGUCCUGCGCAUCGACACCAUGUCGGGUCGGAUUCAGCUUGAACACUCUACUGCUGCGUCGACUGAAGCUGUCGCCUCGACGCCAUCAAACGACGGCAUGUUUCACCGACUCAAAGAAGCUUCCACGCAGCUCAAUGAUGAUCCGACUUUACUGGUCGAGAUACUGCAGCAACAAAGGGCACUCGCCAUUUUGGAAGGAUUUGAACAGAAAGCAUCAUUUCUGGGGCUUCAUUGCACCCGACGACUGCCAAUUCGAAGCACUGAGUAUACUAGACUUGGUCCUGAAACGUCAUUGUUGUUCCUUCCCUUGCCCCAAUGUCCAAAUUACUACGUCGUGCUGCGGAUAGGCGACGAUUCCGUCAAAGUAGGGUUGAUGUGCACCACUGCGUUCUUAGAUGGCUUCAACACGGUGCUGGGUGUUCACUCGGUGGAGUGGCUGGAUCGCGAUCGGCUCGCCAAGGGCGGUGCGCUGGGCAAGAGAAAACGGGAAGAAGUCGAGACCGGUGGGGAACCAAGGUGAGCUCAUCCGAAGGGCUGCCAUCCUUUCAAUUUUUGUGAACCAGCUGACAUGAGUCUGCGAAAUUUCAGCUCGGAACUUUCUCUGGAAGAGCUUUCUCUCUUGCACCACUACAGCGUUGCACUCGUCUGCUACCAUCAGAUUGAGCAGCAGCUGCGCGUGCGUGGCUUGCCCUUUGUGCAUGUGGGCUCAGCGAGCGAAAUCUCGUCGCCUCCAGCAAGGGCGGUCGCCCUGCAUUUGACACGGCAAGACGUCGCGAAAGAUUCAACGCACGCCAGCAUGGUUCCGAGCUUGUGUGUCCGGGCAGACCAUCUCCUGGGUGCUUCCUCAAGCCUGGUCAGACGCAAUGUCUCCAUCGAGCUACGAGACUGGAGCGAUCCAUUAAGUUGCUCCGUCAAGUUCACAGUACGACUUCGACGGUCACUUAGCACGAGCAGCCGCAAGUUGGUGCUCAACGAGGCAACCGGCGAUGUGCUCGAGCUCGAGAGCCAGCAGUCAGCGCUUACUUUCUCUACGCGAAGCAUCGAUGGCUGCGUGGCGCUCUUUCUCAAUGCAUGGGACCGAGUAUCAAGGAUCAUGUCGCUUGCUCGAGAAGUUGCGAGCGCUAGCAGGGCCGACAAGCUUGACGGUCUCGAGCUACGAUCAUUUGACCUCCAACAAGUUGUAUUUGCAUACGAAGGUGGCCUUACAGCGUCGGUAAGCCUACAGGACGACCCCCAAACACCACGGGGAAGCUCCUACAGACUCCAACUCGCCUCGAGCGCAGGCACUUCUCAGCCGAACCCACACGAGGUGAUCAUUGACUCGCUUAGCCGCAUGCUCAAUGGACGUUUCGAUGGUGCGCCAACUUUCUGGCCGAGCUUUCUACAGGUAAGUCAAACGACGUUGUCUCGCGAAUAUUCAAGCUUGAUGCUGACUACACCGCGCCCCUUACAGCUUCUACAUGACACCCUGCCGUACCUACGAGUGGUGGCUCCGAUGAUGGAUCAAUGUCUUGAGGACGUGCUGGCGCCUGAGCCCGACGUACGUUCCGCUACAUGGCUACGCUUGACAUUCAUCGAUAGGUCAGUAGCCACGUCACUCUCCGAAUCACACACUUAGCUGAUUGCUUUGCCAUUCACGUUCGCAGCUUCGUCCUCGACGUACGAUUGCUGCGGGGAUCAAAAGUGCUGAUCCUCGAUGGGGCAACACCAUUAGAACCUUCGACGGAGCUGCAAGGUCACGGAUCAGGGUCGGAGUUUCUGGAGAAUUCCUCUAUUGAAAAGCCGCAGGACCAAAGCUCGUCCGCAAGACGUCGGUCAAAUGGUGCUUCCCACAGUGCGGCGCUACUGGAUGGCGCAGUCUCGAAGCCGAUUCCAAGCUUCCCUGAGAUACUUCAAGCAGUGAUGCGGGAAUUCAGACAACGCAAGCGCACUACAGAAGCAGCUGAAGCUGAGCAACACGGCUCGACAGCGGAUCCAAAGGUCAAGUUUGCAAAGCCGACGAUACGGCACACGUCCGAUCCAGCUGUCAUCCAUUUGGAAUCUGGGCUUGUCUGCGACGCUAUGGACCACCUUGUUGGACCAUUGUUGUCUGCCGUCAUCAGAAAGAUCAAGCAGCGCAUCGCGAGCGAGCUCGACGAGUAG